AUGAUGAACUCCCACAUGAACAACCAACCGCAAGACCUGGAACAAGUAUUUCUGGACGACCACCAGUUCAGACAGGUGUGCUUCGACAAGUCGCCUGCCACCGCCAACCCGUCGCCCGCCGACCCUGCGGGCGCUGCUGCUGGCACCGUGCCCAGUGCCCCUGGUGCCCCCUCGUCCGUGGCGCUGGCGUCGCCCAGCUCCACGGGAAACGGCCCCCACUCGUUCAAGCGCAACUCGUCACUGGCAGCCUCGCCCUCCACCUGCCUGGACCAGUCCAAGCGUGCCCGUCUUGACCCGUCCCUCCAGCUGCUGGCAGCCGCUACAGCUGCGGCAGCGGCUGCUGCCUCCUCCAGCGCCUCCUCGGCAUCGGCACCCUUCGACAUGCCAUCUCCCAAAUCAUACACCAACGACAUCAUCAAAAAGGGUGGCCACCACCACCUUCCCAUCUCGCCGGAUGCGUCCACCCCUGCCGACGCUGCGUCGUCGUCAGCGGCGUCCGUGACUUCCACAGCCGGCACGCGUGUGGCCGUCAUCGAAUCUGCAUCCAAGUCCAAGGCCCCAAAGCUUAUCAGGCGGUUCAGGUCCCGCUCGUUGCCCAUCAUCAACUACAACUCGCAGCGGGCCCAGCACUUCCACCACCAUGGCCACCAUCAGCAACAACAGCAGGGCCACCCCCACUCGCACCACCACCACCACCACCAUUCCCAUCACACCACAUCGUCAUCCAACAUCUCUCCAUUACCUCCCAUCAACCUCCAGUCCCUCAAGGAGAUCGAUCUCCAUGAAAUCUUGAAGAACCCCCAGCUCCGCCACGACAUCCUUUUCGACCCCCAGCUCCAGUUCAGGCCCAACUUGGACGGCGAGCGUGGCAAGCGCAAGAAGUCCAUAAUAGACAAGUACUGGCUCGAAAUCCUGAAGGAAUGUGGCCAGUUCUUCAAGACAAACCCCCAACCGGCCCCCAUCAAAAUCCACAGACUCCCCAUCCUCUUCACUACCCUUAGAGACAUCUUGCUCUCGCUUCUUCCCACCAAGGACAGACAGCAGGUCAACGAAAUCAUGGACAUCGAGCUUCUCAUCCAGCAGCUCAACCGUGGCUCGUUCGACUUUGUUGAAAUGUCUAAGUGGCUCGGUGAUGUCUUCAAGUCCCACUGUGCUCCCAUGCGCGACCAGUGGGUGGUGGAGAUGCACCAGAAGUUUGUGGACGCCUACACCAAGAACUCCGUGGACUACUUAGUGGGUGGUUUACGGAUGAUCUUCCAGAUUCUCGAGGCCAUGAAGUUAGAUGUAGCUAACCAUCAAAUUAGAAUACUCAGACCGGUUUUGAUAGAAACCGCCGUGGAUUUCGAAAGAGACUACUUCCAAAGUUUAAUCAACCAUCAAAAAAUCAAUAUCAACGAUUCUCUCAACUGGUUCUACAAGAAGUUUGUUAAGAAGUCAAAGUCGAAUGUGAUUGUGGAUGAGGAAAACCAAGAAAUGAUCAUUAACGAUACUGUUCUCAAACCGGUUAUUGUUUCUUCUAUCAUCGACUUGCUCUCGUGUCGCCAAAUGGCCACCGAGUUUCCUUCCACCUUGGCAUUUGAUCAUACCCGCCUUGUUCUCCUCAGAGCUGACGUUAGGCAAUUGGUCUGCGUCCAAUUAUGCGUGGUGUUAUUCAAACAAUUAGUUCUCCUUUCCAAGAAAAAGAAUCCUUCUAUUCCAAGUGCCACCUUACUUGCUCCUGCAAAUAUCCUCAAGGUCCAGCAGCAAAUUUUGGCAAUCGUGACCGAUGAUAAUGGUAACAUCAAAUGGACCAAGAACAUAUCAUCCAUCUCGCUUCAACUUGUGAAAAAUGUUAUGGGAACUAGUAGCAGCUUGCCCCCUGAUAUGGUUGAUUUCAGUUACAACUGGCUUAUCAAGCACAUCCAACCAAGCUCGGAAGUUUAUGGGUUGAUGGAGGGUAAAAUCUUCAAGGACCUAUUGAACGAAAUCGUUGCCAACAUGGGCAACGAGGAAAGUUCCACAUAUUCCAAGGAUGAAGCUACCAGCGAAAGUUCUACUUCUAGUGCCAACAACGGGGCUUCUGAGUUGAAGAACAUCGCUGCCAGGAUUGCUACUUUGGUCAGAUUCCACUGGAAUGUCUUUGGAAACUACUACAUUGAAUACGUCAAAACCCAACAGAACAAACUUCAACAAGACAAGAUUGCCAAGCGUAAUGUCGUUGUCAGCAACAGCAAGAACAAGUUGCUUGAAAACAGCAUUAACGAGGACGGCAACAGCAACCAAGGAUUGAAACCCAGUAAGAAUAGUGCUACCAAUGCCACCAUUUUGUCCACAUAA